AUGGGCGCCUAUCUCUAUGGGCGCCUAUCUCUAUGGGCGCCUAUCUCUACGGGCGCCUAUCUCUAUGGGCGCCUAUCUCUAGGGGCGCCUAUCUCUAGUGGCGCCUUUCUCUAUGGGCGCCUAUCUCUAGGGGCGCCUAUCUCUAUUCGCGCCUAUCUCUAUGGGCGCCUAUCUCUAUGGGCGCCUAUCUCUAUGGGUGCCUAUCUCUUUGGGCGCCUAUCUCUAUGGGCGCCUAUCUCUAGGGGGGCGCCUAUCUCUAUGGGCGCCAAUCUCUGGGGGCGCCUAUCUCUAGGGGCGCCUAUCUCUAGGGGCGCCAAUCUCUAUGGGCGCCUAUCUCUAGGGGCGCCUAUCUCUAGGGGCGCCUGUCUCUAUGGGCGCCUAUCUCUAUGGGCGCCUAUCUCUAGGGGCGCCUAUCUCUAUGGGCGCCUAUCUUUAGCGGCGCCUAUCUCUAGGGGCGCCUAUCUCUAG